ACAAAGACGUUUAAGUGUUAACUCGAUAACGUUUAAUUAUAAAUAUAAACAUUAAGUCGAGUUUUGAUUAGUCAUUCUGGUGACAUAUACCGGAGAGACACCAUGAAUACCUUGGCCACCUUUACGGCACUUCUUCUGGUCGGGCUGGCGUCCACCAAGCCCACCACCAAUAACGACUCCCUGCACAUCAUCGAAGAUUUAUUCCCCGAAGUAUUCGUCAUUUACACCGGAGAGAAAGAUAUCACCAAAAUAGUCGUCCCACUCAACUCCAUAAACUUCGAUGACACAGAAGAUGUAGAAGUUAUCUCCAAUGAUGAAAACAUCCAUGUCUUCUUCAUCGAAGAAGGAAAAGGCCUCUUUGUCAUGAAAAACAAACAAGUAACCAAGCUACUCGAAAACGGCAACGACAUCUCCGCGUCCAGUGACCAAAGCAAAGAAGUAUACUUCGCAGCUUCCGACGGCAUCUACAGAUUCAACGAACAGGAGAAAAAAGCCGAAAAAUAUGGUACAGUGACUGACAAUACCAUUGCCAUCGCUGUCAUUAACGGCACCAACGAUUUCUACAUUCUAACAGCAGAAAAUGUUGUUUACAAAGUCACGGAUGAUGGCACUAGAAAGGAAGAGAUAACCAAUAUAAAGGACGCCCAACAAAUUGUGUUGGACUCGGCUGAGAAUUUGUACUUCGUGGAUAAUAAGAAAGACGUCUAUGUUAGACUUGCCGAAGAUGGUACCGUAAAGAGCAUCAAAGGACUACCAGCGCAUCCUUCUGAUAUUCAGCUUUUGAGGCCACCUUUCGUCGUAGAAGAGGCUGUUCCAGUCAUAGCUGGUAAGAAUACGUACUUGGCAUACGCAAAUGGCACCUCUGAAUUUGCAGACAUAAUUUUAGAUACGAAGCCAAGUGCCAUCUCUUUGGAUACGACUCUUAUAUUGUUUGCGGGACACAAUAACAAAAUUUACGAGUACAACCUGCUUGCUAUCGUGUUGACCGAAAUAACAAAAGAAGACUUGUCAGUUGAUUUGACAGAAGUAAAAUCGUUCUUCUCUGACCAAAUCUCGUACAUCCAGUCGAUUGCGACCAGAUCCAAGAGUAGUUUUCGUGCUUAGUUGACACGUCUGGUGAUCUUUCCUAUGUUUAUAUUUUCAAUUAAAACCUUAAUAUUGAAA